GCUUUAAAAUACACCCAAUGUCAACGACGUGUUUUUAUGUUGAAACGGCAGCGCGGUUAUGGCAAGUAAAUAGUUUUUUUAGCGUGCGGAAGCGAUCGGACUGCAGAGGAGGCUUCGGGACUGUUUCCGCACGCUGGAGGAGAGCAGGGCCCAGUGACCCACAUUCAGAGAGUCCCUGCGCACGGGCGGCCGAGCGUGUGAAUACCUGCCUGUGUGUAUGUGUGUGUGCGGCGGUGUGUGUACAUCUGCCGCGAAAAAUGUUGUGACUAUCGCUUCUUUUCGACAUUUGACGGCGAGAAACAUGGAUUGUUCGUGCGGUGUUCGCUAUGAUCCGUCUGUGGCAGGAUGUUUUGUCACGUUUUCUCGAGGGGACCGCUGGCCAGCGUUACAUUUGAGAGAUUAUUUGCGGCCAAUGUCAGCGGCUUGCGUGACAGCUUGAGAGGCUCCCGGCCAGCUUGCGGAUAAUGAAUCAUAUCCUCACGUUUUGUCAGUAAUAGGUUAACCAUUACGUCGUAAAUCAUAUGUAUGCCUCCCGUGGAGUGGGAACGGAGCCAGUAGUUUAUUUUUACAUUCAGAUUGGCCGGGCAGUCAUGUCCUGCCCAGGGGCCGGCACCAUGUCACACCCCCAAUGACUUUAGAGUCAUCCUGGAUGAAAGAGUCUGCUUUGACCCCUGUUCUUUCACCAUCAAGAAAAGUACCUCUGUAACUGGCCCUUCUCACAGACUGCAGUGGGGGUGCUCUUCCAAAUGCCUACCUCACGACUAAAGAGCCAAUCACUGCCGCGUCAACCCUGAAUAACUGCCACCAUGACAUCUAGCAUCGGGGAUGAUUGUAGCAUCUUUGAUGGGUUGAUGGAAGAAGAUGAGAAGGACAAAGCAAAACGUGUGUCCCGGAACAAGUCGGAGAAGAAGCGGAGAGAUCAGUUCAAUGUCCUCAUCAAGGAACUCGGCACCAUGCUGCCUGGCAACACCAGGAAGAUGGACAAGUCCACCAUCCUGCAGAAAAGCAUCGACUUCCUUUGUAAACACAAGGAGAUCACAGCCCAGUCGGAGUCCAGUGAGAUCAGACAGGACUGGAAGCCUGCGUUUCUUAGCAACGAGGAAUUCACCCAACUCAUGCUGGAGGCACUGGACGGCUUCUUCAUAGCAAUAAUGACCGAUGGAAAUAUCAUCUACGUCUCAGAGAGCGUGACCUCACUGCUGGAGCACCUACCGGCGGACCUGAUGGACCAGAACCUGUUAAACUUCCUGCCGCUUGGAGAGCACUCUGAUGUCUACAAAGCUCUGUCGACGCACGCCGCGGACCCUGAGAGCCAUGGCUCCGAUUACCUCAAGACUAAGAACCAGCUAGAGUUCUGUUGUCACAUGCUGCGAGGAGCCAUUGACCCGAAGGAGCCCCCUGUCUACGAAAACGUCAAGUUCAUCGGAAACUUCAAAUCCCUAAACAAUGUGCCCAACAUGACAAGAAACGGUCUGGCGGGGGUGCUGCAGAGAUCGCUACAGCCUGCCUUUGAUGACCAGGUCUGCUUCGUAGCCACCGUGCGACUGGCUAAGCCUCAGUUUAUUAAGGAGAUGUGCACGGUGGAGGAGCCUAAUGAAGAGUUCACAUCCAGGCACAGUCUAGAGUGGAAGUUCCUUUUCUUGGACCACAGGGCUCCACCAAUCAUAGGCUACCUGCCUUUCGAGGUUUUGGGAACAUCGGGGUAUGACUAUUAUCACGUGGACGACCUGGAGAUACUGGCGAAAUGCCACGAGCACUUGAUGCAGUACGGUAAAGGGAAGUCGUGCUACUACCGCUUCCUGACCAAAGGUCAGCAGUGGAUCUGGCUCCAGACCCACUACUACAUCACCUACCACCAGUGGAACUCCAGGCCAGAGUUUAUAGUCUGCACACAUACGGUUGUCAGCUAUGCUGAGGUGCGGGCCGAGCAGCGCAGGGAGCUGGGGAUCGAGGAGUCUGCUCCAGAGGUCACUGCUGACAAGAGCCAGGACUCUGAGUCUGAGUCCCAGCUGAAUACUUCCAGCCUGAAGGAGGCGCUGGAGCGCUUUGAGCCCAGCCAGACGCACUCUGAGUCCUCCCGCAGCUCGCAGAAGUCCUCCUCCCACAUCUCCGACAACACAUGCACUUCCACGGCCUCCAAGCUGCACAUGGACACGGCCACGCCCCCCCGCCAGUCGCUGGCCUCCACCAUGGAGGUGGCGUCGCAGCGGCGGUCCUCCAUCAGCAGCCAGUCCAUGAGCUCUCAGACCACGAGUCAGAGUGUCACUCCAGCCAUGAUCAAUCAACAACAACAACAGCAGCAACAACAACAACAACAGCAACAGCAGCAGCAACAACAACAACAACAGCAAACACAACAACUACAGCAGCAGCAACAACAACAGCAACUGCAGCAACAACAACAACAACAACAACAACAACAGCAACAACAACAACCCCAGCCACUCCAGACGGUGCAGGUGAGCGCCAUGCAGCACCUGAAGGAGCAGCUGGAGCAGAGGACCAGGCUGAUCCAGGCCAACAUCCAGAGGCAGCAGGAGGAGCUGCGCCACAUCCAGGACCAGCUGCAGAGGGUCCAGGGCCCGGCUGUACAGAUGUUCCUGCAGCCGCCGCAGGGGGCGUCCAUGAACGUCCAGCUGCCUCCUGUGGGCUCGGUGCAGCAGACCACCACGCUGACCAAUCAGAUCCAGCAGAUCCAGCAGAGCGCCGCCACGCACACAGGGAGUCAGCAGAUCACCAUCCAGCCACCUCCCCAGCCCACCCAGCAGACCUUACAGCAGCACCCCAACACCCUCGCACAGACCCAGGCCCAGCCACAGGGCUCCGUGUCCGCUCCCCUCUACAACACUAUGAUGAUCUCCCAGCCGGGGCAGCCCAACCUGCUGCAGAUCAGCACCAGCCUGCCCCAGACCAACCCCCAGCAGGGCGCCACCGUGACCACCUUCACUCAGGACCGCCAGAUACGGUUUCCCGCGGGCCAGCAACUGCUCACCAAGCUGGUGACGGCGCCCAUGGCGUGCGGCGCGGUCAUGGUGCCGACCUCCAUGUUUAUGGGCCAGGUGGUCACGGCCUACAACCCCUUCGGAGGACAACAGCAGGCCGGACAGACGCAGACCCUCACGCUUCAGCCCGCACAGGCCCCCCAAGGCCAGCAGGACAACCAAAACCAGACCACCCUGGUGACCCAGAGUCAGCAGGGCCAGCAGCAGCAGCAGCAGUUCCUCCAGGGAACCCGUCUUCUCCACGGCAACCAGUCCACCCAGCUCAUCCUGCAGGCGGCGUUCCCUCUGCAGCAGCAGGGCACCUUCACCCAGGCCCCGCAGCAACAGCAACCACAACAGCAACCACAACCACCACAACAACAACAGCAGCAGCAGCAGCAGCUACCACAGCAGCAGCAUCAGCAGCAGCUCCAGGCGCUCCACCCGAGGCACCAGCAGCAGCUGAAGGUCCAGCCCCAGAAGCAGCAGAAGGUGGCCUCCUCACACCGGACUGACGGUCAGCCUCAGUAGUGAGGCCAGA